AUGGUUCUCAAUAUCGGCAUCAUCGGAACUAAUUGGAUCACCCACUCCUACGUCGAGUGCGCCCAAGCGACCCAAAAAUGGAACCUCGCCGCCGUCUACUCGCGCAAAGAAGAGUCGGCCAAGGAAUUCGCAUCGAAAUAUGAAGGUCAGAAAAUCGCGCUAUACACCGAUCUCGAUAAGUUCUACGCCGACCCUAAUCUCAACGCCGUCUACAUCGCCUCGCCCAACAUCCUGCACUACGAACAAGCAAAGGCCGCUCUCAACGCCGGAAAACACGUCAUCCUAGAGAAGCCCUCGUGCUCCACAAGCCAGGAACUGGAUGAGCUGUUUGCGCUCUCCAAGUCAAAGGGACUUUUCUUGAUUGAGGCCUGGCGCCACAUCCAAGAAGUAAACUUCAAGAUCCUCAAGCAGUCAAUUUCUAAAAUCGGCCGCGUGUUGGGUGCAAGCAUCACCUUCUGCCAAUUCUCUUCGCGCUAUGACGCCGUGCUCAAAGGUGAGGUGCCCAACAUCUUCAACCUGGAGAUGGGCGGCGGCGCCCUCGUAGACAUGGGGUGCUACACCGUCGCAGCGGCAGUAUGGCUCUUCGGCGCCCCGAAAGACGCGCAGUACUACCCCGUCAUCAUCAGCACGGGUGCCGACGGUGGCGGCACCCUGACGCUACACUAUGAAGGGUUCACCGUACAUCUCGCUAGCAGCAAGAUGCACACCAGCGAGGCACCUUCCGAAAUAUACGGCGAGAAGGCAUCACUCAUCGUUCCCACCAUCACCGACAUCGAGCGUGUGACGUUGAGCGAUCCACGGACGAAGAAGAAGGAAGAGCUGGGCGCAAAGAAGGUGGAUUUGAAUUUGAAGGAGGAGGCGGAGGAGCAGGCGAGGAUCAUUCUAGAGGAGGACUGGAAGGCUGCCGGAGAGUUGGAGGCGCAUUCACGGGCGGUGCUGAAGGUCACGGAGAAGGUGAGGAGGGAUAAUGGGUUGCUGUUUCCGGGUGGAAAGUAA